AUGACUAGUGAAUCACCAUCAUUUUCAGAUGAUGAACUUUCAAAAAUUUACGAAAAUCUAUCUACUCCACUUCCUGCACGUAUACCUAACAAGCUAUCUCCUGGUGGCAUAAUUGAUAAAUUAGCAUUAUUAACUCCAAAUUCUCGAGAAAGCCGACAACUGCCUUUAUCAGAAUUACCAUCUGCUAAAUUAAUUAAAGAAUCUUUAGAAAAUGAUAUUAUACCUUUGAUGGAUACACCGGAAAAGGUUUUUUUAGGUUUACAGCAUUAUAAUAAUGUUAUGUAUGCUUGUGCUUUAAAAAAGAAUGUAAAAUUGGCAGAAUUGACAUUACAAAAAAUAAAGGAUGCAGGAUUAACUCCAAAUAUUUUUACCUAUGAACAACUAAUAAAUGUUUAUUCCAGUGUGGGUGAUGUCACAAAUGCUUUGUCUGCAUUUGAUAUGAUCGAAAAUGCUGGGCUUGAGCAAACAGUAUACAGUUUUGCAAAUUUAAUUAAAGCCUAUGUAAAUAAUCUACAAAUUGAUGAAGCCUUCAAUGUCUAUUCCAAAAUGAAGGCCGCUAAGAUAAUGCCUAAUCAACCAAUUUUCUCAAUGCUAAUCAAAGGGUGCAUAAAAAAUCGAGAGGUAGCACGUGCUUGGAAAACUUUUGAUUAUAUGCGACUAGAAAUUUGCCAACCUGAUGAAGUGACUUAUAGUCUAAUGAUUCAUAUUUGUGCUAAGAUGAGAGAUGUAGAACGAGCUUUUGAUUUGUAUCAAGAGAUGACAGAAAAAGGAUUAUCUCCAACUGAUGUAACAUUUAAUUCUUUAAUUGAUGCUUGUGCGCGUCAAACAUUCAAAGUUUUAGAAGACAUGAAUGAACAUGGGUACCUUCCUGACUUGUACACAUAUAAUUCAUUAAUGUAUGCAUGUGCGCAUAAGGGUGAUAUAUAUACUGCUAGAAAAUUGUUGAUAUCAAUGAUGCAAAGUGCUCGACAGAACCCAUCGUUGACACCUAAUAUGGCUACAUUUUCAAAUUUAUUUUUGGUAUAUUCUUCUCAUAAAAUUUCUAAUCAGCCUGUAAAACAACCAAGACAGGAAAAUAAAGAAUCUUCACGUAAUACUUUAUCUAUGCCUACUGUGGAAGAGGAUAACAAAAAUCAAAUUGAAAGUAGUCAAUGUGAUGAUAAUGACGACGAUCCUCAUGUAUUUUCUGCAGAAGAAAUAAUUAACACUGAAAAUUUGGUAGAAACCAGCACUGAGAAUAUGUUAUCAAAGUAUCAAAAUCAUUUACUAGUUAUUGGAUCUGAUAUCUAUCCAUUAUUACCAAAUCUUCCAACAACACAAAAACAAAUUCUUGUGGAAUCAACAAUUUUAUUUAAAUACAUUCUUUCCAUUAUUGAAUCUUCCGAUCCUAUAUCCUUACCAACCACAAAAUUUUCACGUAUAACACCAAUAUUAUUUAAUUCAUAUUUAUCUGUAUUUGAGAAGAAUGCAUUUUUUCACAGAACUUUGGACCUUUAUCAGAAUGUUAUACCAAAAUACAACAUAGAAUUAAAUAGUUGGAUAUUUAUGACGAUGUUGAGAUUAUGUUAUAAACACAAGAAAAUAGAAGAAGCUUGGAGUAUUUGGCAAGAUUGGAAAACUUGGUGGAAAGAUAGAAUGGAUGAGAUGAAUGGAUUGAAUGAACUUGAACAAUUGAAAGAAUUUAGAAGACUUGGUAUGACCAAAGAGUUAGAGUAUAAUGUUUAUAAAGAGAUGAUUCAUAUUUUGGCAAGAUGUGAUGACAUUUGGGGAGCUAUAAAACUCUUACAAAAGCUUUCAACCACACAAGUCCCAAAAAUUGAGGAUUUUCAAUUACUUCGACAAAAAACAAUUGAAAGUGAAGAUGAAUUUGCGGAAAGUAAAAUAAUGGAAUUGUGCUAUUUUGAUGAAGGAACUCCAAGGACUAGGGUUAAAGAAUUAUUAGCCAGAAAAUGGAAAGGUGUUAAUGUUUUACCCGGGCAAGUUGGAAGGCGAGUGUUGGAAAAAAAAUUGGGAAUUUAUGAUGGUAGAAAUAAAUGGGGAAAGAAAAAAAGUAUGAAGGAUGGUAAGGUAAAAAAUGUUGUAUCUAAAAAAAUGUAG